AUUGUUCUUCCCCUUUGUGGGAUCCAUUUUCAUUUAUACGCCUUCCUCGGCUUGGCACUUGGUCACCUCGCCAAACCGUAGAAAGGAAGUGUCGGUUGUUGUGGACUGAGUCGACGAUCAAAUAUCCACAGCUAAUCGCACACAUAUUGUUUCUCGACAUCGUUCGCUUUGCUCGUUUCGAGUAUCGGGUGCUAUAUUCAUACCCACGCGCACGCGACUCGACCCGCGAAUUAUUUUCAACUACAGGACAUAUUCCACAUAUAAUACCUUAAUUUUAGUCACAAACCGUGUCUGCUCGGAAUAGCAGUAAUUAUCGCAAGAUGCUUCGAACCAUACCAGCCGUGGCCUUGGCCCUGCUGGGCGCGUCAACGACGGUCCUUGCCGACACCGCCGCCACAUGCUCGCUAACCCAGAAAUGCCCGAAGGAAACCCCAUGCUGCUCUCAAUACGGCCAAUGUGGUGUUGGCGCGUACUGCUUAGGUGGAUGUGAUCCGCGCAUGUCCUUCUCUCUCGACUCGUGUGUUCCCGAGCCGGUGUGCCAGGACCGAACACUGUCGAUGCAGAACACCGACGGUAUCGUUGACGUUUCAAAAUAUCUCGGUGAUGCUAGCAAAGCCGAUUGGGUAGCCCAAGGCACACCCCUUGCCCACGACGGCAAUGUCCUUCUGACCAUGCCGGCGAACUCCGUCGGAACCGUUCUCGCCUCAACCGUUUACAUGUGGUACGGAAAUGUGAAGGCCAAGAUCAAGACCGGCAAGGAUGCCGGUGUCGUCACAGCGUUCAUUCUCCUUAGUGAUGUGAAGGACGAGAUUGACUUCGAGUGGGUUGGUACCGAGCUGGAUAUUGCCCAGACCAAUUACUACUUCCAAGGCAUUCCUGACUACACGCAUUCCACCAACAUCACGGGCGUCUCGGACACCAACGAUAACUUCCACGAGUACGAGAUCCAAUGGACUCCAGACCAGAUCCAGUGGCUGGUAGACGGCAAGGUUGGCCGAACGCAAAAGAAGUCUGAUACGUGGAACGCCACCGCCAACCAAUGGGACUUCCCUCAGACACCUGCUCGUGUUCAGCUUUCAAUCUGGCCCGGUGGUUCUGAUAAGAAUGGCCAAGGUACGAUUGACUGGGCUGGUGGUCCGAUCGACUGGAGCAGCGCCGAUAUCAAGAAGGACGGCUACUACUACGCGACUGUCGGCGAGGUCUCUAUCGAAUGCUAUAAGACCGAUACGGCGCCUGGUACAAACUCCGGCAAGAGCUACACCUAUAACAACGUGAAGGCGACUAAUGACACCGUUGUGGAUGGUGACUCGAACACGGUCCUGAAAUCCCUAUUGGGAACCGGCUUAGAUAUGGACAAGGAAUUGCCGAGCGCGUCGACCGCGUCGAGCAGCGGGCAGGAAGUCAUCCCCGGUCUCAGCGGUGGCGGGCCCGGCACCAACGGUCAGGCUGCCGGAGGAACUAGUGACUCGGACGGUGCUACUAGUGCUGGCACUGCCCCCACUGCGUCCUGCACGGAUGGCUUUCAACAAGUCUGCGGUACCGGCGGCAGUUCCAACGAAGGAGUCCGACAAGAACGUGUCCUCGGAGCGAGUACGUUUGCGGCUCUGGUCGCCGUCGCCGCCAUGACAUGGGCGUAAGCCAUAGCAACAGCAAGAGUGCACAUAACACGUUUCUUUCGUGAACAUAUUCAAUAAUGAGAUUAAGGGUGUUACUGAGGCUAUUCUAAUGGGCGAGGAUCUGUACGAUCCUUCGGACGACUCGAGUUUAAUGACAUGCCGUUUCAGGCCGGUGUUUGCUACAUACACUAUAUCAUUUGAGGAGGUAAUGGCGCGAUGCCGUCCACUCCUUAUUGCACAUGGACUUUGCAUACCGACGCCAUCUUAGUGCCUGUCGGCUACCGAGGCGUCAUGGUCUGCGUACGGUUGAAGGGAACCAAAAGCAGCUUUGUAUAUAGGCGAUGGUGGAACUAGGAAUUCGGACAUUUGAUCCUGACUUUAAAUGAUAGUGCUACGUGAGAAGUGAUAUGUAACCAUUCCGUGAUGUUUGUUUGAUAUGUUUGACUGCCUCGUGGAUAUAACCAUUAAGGAUAGAGCAAGCUCAUAGCAU